UAUUCAAUUUUAUCACAAUUCACAACAGGUUAGUUAGCCACAAUUUUCAUAUAUUUUCUACCCAGAGAAAUUAUAUUUGUAUUUUUGAGUUUUUAUUACUACAAGUAUUAUUGUUGAACUUAGAAGUUUCUUCCUCUCUUCGACAAAUCCCUUUGAAGACUGCAAAUGUUUAUCUUUCUUCAGCGUUCAGGUUUCUUUCUCCUCCUCUUUGUUUAAUUAUUCUAUUUUUGACUAUUUCAAGAUUAUGUUAAUUGAUAUGCUAACCAAAAUUGUCAAACCCUAGAUGUAUAAUUGAUUUGUUGUUUAAAUGGAUUUGCAAUUGGUGAAUAGUGGUUUUAAAUUUACUCAUAAAAAGAAGAAAUGGGUUCUUCUUUUAGCAGCUUUUGGUGUAACUGGAUAUGGUAUUUAUAGGGUUUAUAAUCUACCCUCUUUUGCUAGAAAACGAAAUAAGAUUUUCAAAUUACUCAAUGCCGUUGUUUCAAUUCUUGAGGCUGUUUCUGAUUCCACUGAGAUUAUUGGAAUUGUUUCCAAGGAUUUAAAGGAAUUUUUGCAAUCUGAUUCGGAUGAAAUUCCUAAUAGUUUGAAGCAGAUUUCUAAGAUUGCUCAAUCGAAAGAGUUUUCUGAUUCUAUUGUUAGGGUUACUUCUGCUGUAACCAAGGGAGUUAUUAGGGGUUUUCAGGAUGAAAAUUCUAGGGGUAAUAUAACUGGGGUCGAUUCAAAUUCAGGUUUUUACGAUCAAUUUAUGGAUAAGCUGUUUUCGAAAUCUGGUUCAGGUUUUGCUUCUGUGGUUAUUGGUAGUUUUGCUAGGAAUUUGGUGUUGGCCUUUUAUUUGAAUGAAGAAUCUCAUAAUGGAUUGAAUUCGGGUGCCAUGAUAAAUUUUGAUGGUUCGGAGUCAAAGGAUGCUGCUUUACCUAAAUGGGUUGAUGCAAUGUGUAGUGACCCUUGCAAAGAUCUUAUCGGUGAUUGCAUACAGAAGUUUGUAAGCACAGCUGUUGCGGUUUACCUCGACAAAACUAUGAAUAUUAACACCUAUGAUGAGUUGUUUGCUGGAUUGACGAAUCCAAAGCAUGAUAGACAAGUGCAAGAUUUGUUGGUGUCACUAUGCAAUGGCUCAAUCGAAACCUUGGUUAAGACGUCUCACCAGGUUCUUACGAAACCAAGCUCUGAUGAAAAAGUAGAUCCUUCGACUUCUAAUGUUUCUAGUUUUGUUGUGAAACGUUCCAAUUCCGAUUUGGUGUCUAAGAAUCAGUGUUUGGUGAUCGAUGAUGUGCAUAAUGUAAUAACUGUUAAGCAGAACGAACAUGGAGGAGGAGGAUUUUUAGGGGAAAACAGGAAACCAUCUAGUGGUAGUUGGAUGUCAACAAUGUCAUCGACCUUGGCCGUUCCAACGAAUAGGAAACUUGUCCUUGAUGUUACCGGGAGAGUAACAUUUGAGACAGUCAGAUCGUUUCUCGAGAUUUUGCUUGAGAAAUUGUUCAACAGUGUGAAACAAAGUGCCCGUACUGUGAAUGAUGCGAUCAUUGAGACUGGUCGACAAGUUGUAAGAUAUGUUACUGCAAAAUCUUAUCUCGUGGCUAGUAUUUGUCUCUCAUUGUGCUUACAUGUAAUGGGUAGCCCGUUAGAAUUGAUGCCUGCUUGAAUUUCUGAGUUUGUUCGAUAACUGGAAAUAGCUCUUAGGAUAGUUCUUUGCAUGAUCUUUCAGCUAAUUCUUUGUUGGGGCGAAAUUCAUAAUUGUAAUUCUCUUGGAAUCCACUGUUAGUAUCCAGUCUGAUCUAAGCCAGAUUAAUCUGUUUCCACAAUGGAUUAUGCUAACAGGCUCUAGAAAAUGGCCAAGUAAUUUGUUGUAAACCUUGAUGUAUAUAUGAUCUAUAACAGGAACAUGCAUGCUAGUAUAGAACUCCUGGAUUUCAUCUGUUUACAUUUAGAAUACAAUUGAUAUGAGAUCUUCAUUUGUGAAUUA